CUUCGGACAGGGGCCAGCCAUGGCCAUUUCAGAGUUCGCUGAGACGUAAACUCAAGGUGCUAUAAAGUAAGCGACCAAAUACACGUAUGCCUGUCUUAUCUUUAUAGUGAACCUGUUACGAUGUAUUCUAUAAUUGUGUUUGGAUUUGGGAUUAUGUUCGCCCAAUAAUAUUUUUGAGGGAGAUAGGCUAUGAGGCUAUGUCGGCUUAUUGUUCGUGACUGUACGCGACCGCGACCCUUGCUUGCGAGCUGUAUAGCCUACGUCACAGCAUCCUCUGGUGCGACUGUUGGGAAUACACCAUUUCAGCAUCAUUCCUUUCCGCUUGCUUUUUUAUUGUAAAAGGACGGUUUACAUUGUCUUUGAACCAUGGAUGACGUUCCACCAAUAAUAAAUAUAUCAAUUUCUCUGAAAAUCCAACCAAAUGACGGACCGGUUUUUUUCAAGGUGGACGGUACGAGAUUCGGGCAGAGCAGGACAAUAAAAUUGCUUACAGGAUCGAAAUACAAGAUAGAGGUCGUAAUGAAGCCAGGAAAAGCUGAGGCCACGGCCAUGAAUAUUGGAGGUAUCACCUUCCCCCUGGAACAGCAGUCAAAAGAUGAGGAGUCAGUGGUGUACCAUGGACAAUAUGACACAGAGGGUGUGCCUCACACCAAAAGUGGAGAUAGGCAACCUGUUCAAGUCAGCAUAGAGUUUCCUAAGGCAGGCCAGUUUGAAACAGUAUGGCAGGUGAAGUAUUAUAACUACUACAAGAGAGAGCAUUGCCAGUUCGGAAACAAAUUCAGCGACAUUGAGUACGAGUGCAAGCCCAACGAGACCCGCAGUCUUAUGUGGAUCAACAAAGAGGUCUUCAACUGACGACCCGCCAUAUCAACUCAUCCUUCUCACUCCCAGUCACAGAAACCAAGAAAAGGAGAUGAGUUGCACUAUGACUAUUCCUGAACAUCUGCUUAAAAAGGAAAGCCUUACCGUAGGCAUGUUUGAGAACAAGCACUAUAAUUGUACAAUUAACUGAGGGGAGGGAGGCAGCUGUCAGUGAUUCUGGUCUUGGAGGUUAUUGGUUAGAUUUGUGCAUUAGCAGGGAAAUAAGAGCAAUAGUCUUUCAGGAACUGAAACACAGUAGGACAUCAGGUGAAGGGGACUGUCUUCAUGGUCCAGCAACACCAGCCAGAGCUUUGGCCCUCCAGGACCAGGAUUGAAGACACUUGUGGAUGACAUAUUAAAAAAAUAAACUAUCUAACCCGUUUUAUUACUCGUGAGGUGUGUGUUGUGUGUGUGAAUGGUAGUAGUAUGCUUUCCCUCUGUGUUCAUUUUGUUUGCGUUAGUGUUGUUUAGGCCAUUGAACAUGUCUCCUUCCGAAUAGCACAAUUGUGAUCCAGUUAAUCAAAAAGCAAUGGGGCUUUAAGUUUGAUUCCCUACGUUCUACAGUGGAGACAUUCAUUUUCCUGGAUCCAAGUGCUUCUGCUCUUGUUACGUUGUGCUUUGCUUUGGUCAAGUCUCACCACAAGGUGCAUGGCUGAACAAUUUUAUGCCAAAAUGUUUUGGUUUGUUUUAAUGGAAACCGUGGUAUCAGAUUGCCUAGAUAUUCUGUUUCUUACAUAUUGAAUGGAAAAGUGUAAAAUAGAAAAACAAAUAAAGCGAUAUACCCGUACUUGAAAACAGUAUGGUGCAAUAAAUGUGGCAAUCGUU